AUGAGUCUCCGCCUGCCUCUCAAGAGAGGUAUUUUCGCCACCAUCAUCAGUGUCUACGCUCCCCCGAUGAUCAGCCCUGGCGCUGUAAAGAACAAAUUCUACGACGAUCUGCAUACCCUCCUGGCGUUUGUUCCGAAGGCAGAUAUGCAAACUGUUCUUGGUGACUUCAACGUCCGCGUCGACACAGACCACGCUGCCCGGAGAGGAGUGCUGGGUCUUUAUGGUCUUGAAGGCUCCAAUGAUGAUGGUCUGCUCCUCCCACGAACCUGCGCCCCCGAUGCGAGGGAAGGUCAAAUGGAUGCAUCCUCGGCCGCGACAGUGGCACCUGCUGGACUAUGUCCUCGCCCAGAUGCGAGAUCAGCGGGACGUGCUGGUAACAGUGGCGAUCCCGGGUGCCGAUGGGUGGACCAACCAUCGCCUCGUCAUCUCAAAGUUGCGUAUUCGCCUACAGCCUCACAGGAGACCUCAAGGUAAGCGAACCCCAGGUAAGCUGAAUAUUGUUCUGUUGUCUUUAGCUGCUGACAAUAUCCACUUCAGCAAUGAGCUAGCUCAAAGACUAGCCAACCUUCCAGUCGCCGUCGCUGCCGCUGCCAUCGAGGAGAACGCCUACAUGGAGAACCGAUGGUGA